CGAAGUGAAUGUUGGUCGUCGUCGUCGUCGUCUCGUCGUCGUCCUUUUUCCAUGCCCCGCCGAGAAGAACAAAAAUAAUUACAAAAAUCAGAAUUCUUCUUCUUCUUGCUUUUUGUACUUUUCCUGACUAAAAUUAACAAUUUAACUUUUUAAUCCAGUUUAAUCAUCCAUGGUUCGCGGUGCUAUUAACUUUUGUCGGUUACUACUUUUAUGGCACGUGUGACUAAUAUUGUUAUUAUUCGAUUAACUCGCGUGUCCUCAGUGUUUGUUGUGUUGUAAUUAACGACUUGUUUGUUGACACUACUCACGUAUGCUUAGUAAAUAAUAAUCGUAAUAAUAAAGUGCAUUAUUAAUAUUUGUUGAUAACUAAUUAUUCGUGACCUUGAAGAAAAAAGACAUUUGAAUUAAUAAAUAGAUUAUUUAUUUAAUUACCAGAGGCCUUUUGCUAGAAAAAAACGUGGUGGUCAUCCAACUUAGGGAAGAUAUUGACCGGUUCGUUAUCUUAGCGGAUGCAUCCUGUGUGGACCAUUUUUCAAAAGACGGAAACAAAGUGAUAAGACAUUAUCCCAGGGGAGGAAUAACAACACAAUUUGAAGACAAGGAGGAAAAAUUACUCGAGACAUUCAAGAAAACAAAAACUUGGCCUUUUCCGGUUUUAACUAAAACUAUAUCGACUCACUACUCUCAGCCUUAGCGUCAAAUCAACAAAGAAGAAUAUACUCAAAUUCACUCAAUUUAAGAAAGGAUCCGUCCAUUUCCUUCAUAAUAAAGUCUCAUCGCACUCAUUGAUCCAACUAAAGCCUUGUACCAACUCCGUCCUAAAUAUUACUUGUACUUUAUCAUCAAAGACAUCAAUAUUUCACCGAAAUAAUAAAGUUACUUCACUUUCGGGCUAAUUUCCAGACGACAUUUUAACACUGGACUGAACAGAGAGAGGGAAGCAAUCUUGCUCAUAAAAUAGUGGAGAAAGCAUCAAAAGAGACAGCUUGCAGGCAGGCAAAACCGAGUUAAUAAGGGGAACUAACUUGUCCCAGACUGAUUUGCCUGCUCCAUCGCUACUACAGGGAGAAAACUCAAGAAAUGUGAAAUAGGUGUACAGAAGACAGACUGCAAACACUUAUAAUCUUGAAAAUUCCCGAGGGACCGCUCUCAAAAAAUUGUACCAGCAGCAGCCUCCUCGUCUAUAUGGAUCUACUCGAAUAAAAACCCGGCAAGAUCUGUAUCUAUUUCGUUCAAGAUCCUGCCGAAGAAAGAGAGCAAUCUCACUUCACUUCUUGUGUAAGAAGAAGGACAAAAAAGAAUCUGUAACGAAUGAAACGACCAAUGGACGAAAUUAACAUUUAAGAAAUUGAAAAAUCAAGAUUUAGCGGAAAGAUAUGGAUUAUGGAUGGCAAGCAAAGUGUAUGAGAAGAUGACGGAACCAAUGCUGCCAGCCACAGUUACGAUCUCUCCCUGUCCGCGUGAAGAAGGGUGAGAAGACUUGUUUCCUCCUUGACUCUGUCGACGACGUCUUUAACAAAUCUUUGAAAACUUUUGCCAGUCAGUCCGAGAGAAAUCUUUGUGAGUGGUGUUUCUAUACCCCUCGCAUCGCAACGCAACAUCCAUCCGUCUUCCAACCCGACUAACUAACUUUGCACUUAUUAAACAUUGCUAAAUAAGUCCUCCUCCUGUCCCCACAAUCUUCUUACAAAAACCUCCUCUACUAAUAAAGACGGCACUUUAAAAUAAUAAUUAAUAAAUAGGAUCAGAUAUUAAAAACCAUAUACGACGUUAUCAAACGACAUUUUUUUCCAAAACGAGAAAUCAUUCAUUUUCUGUGUUCUUCACCAUAAGUGCCUUAAUUAAUUAAUUAAUUACUUGUUUCGAAUACAAAAAUAGUAACAACAAUCCAGUCAAAAAGUGAGAUAAAUAAUCGCCCUGAAAAAAGAAAAAAUCUAAAAAUUCUCACUCACUCAGUCUCUUUAUCUAUGUGCCAAAAGCGAGUCUAGCCCCAAAAAAUGAAAAUGAGUGACGGACUUGGUGUCACCCUAGUAAACUCUCAACCCGUCAGCGUGGUCCCGUCAGCUGUGGCGACGAUGACCACGAUGAAUAAUAUCAGUGCGAGUGCCCUUAACUGCAACAGUUUGUCACCCACGAGCAUGGCGAAUUUGGCCACGGUGGUCAACAACCAUGUCAACGCGACCAACAUGAACAACGUAACCACCAACGGUGCCAAUCAUCACCACUUAAAUAACAUCAAUAUGAAUAUCAACAUGAAUAAUAGCCAGCAGAAUACGCAGAAUAUGGCCGAUUAUUUGGCCCAGCUCAUCAAGGAUAAGAAACAACUCGCAAUCUUCCCAAAUUUGUUUAUGCAUUUGGAUAGAGUGCUCGAUGAAGAAAUCGCCCGCGUUCGAGGGAACUUGUUUCACCUGUCUGGCACCAAAGUAGAGCCUUUAGAACUGCCCGAACCCGUCGGACCAGUUGUCACCUCAUCAGAGAAAGUUUACGUUCCUGUCAAAGAGCAUCCAGACUUCAACUUUGUGGGGAGGAUACUUGGGCCCAGAGGAAUGACGGCAAAGCAGCUCGAGCAGGAGACGGGAUGCAAAAUCAUGGUACGAGGAAAGGGUUCCAUGAGAGAUAAAAAGAAGGAAGAGGUGAACAGAGGCAAACCCAAUUGGGAACAUUUAAAUGACGAGCUACACGUCCUGAUCACCGUGGAGGAUACGGAGAACCGGGCCAAAGUCAAGCUGCAACGGGCAGUAGACGAAGUGAAAAAGUUGUUGAUACCUGCCGAGGGUGAAGACGAGCUGAAGAAGAGGCAGCUUAUGGAGCUGGCGAUAAUCAACGGAACGUACAGAGACUCGAAAGAGAGUCGCGAUUCGCGCAACCAGGCCGCCGUGUCCGCCGCCGCGGCGCAAUUAGUCUCUCCACAACAAGUGCCAUUAUCUGCUUUAAGAGCAGCGUCGACGCCCUUAGGUUUUUAUGGUUUUUUGAAACACAAAAAUAUGAUGGAAUCUUUGCACUCUUCGCCGUACUUGGGACAACUGGAGCAGCAGACUCAUCUCUUAAAUUUUGAUGCUACAGGUGCACCGUUGAUAAUCUCACCGCAUCGCCUGAGCAAUGGCCUGAAUGCCGCCGCAGCCGCAGCCGCAGCUUCCGGACAUCCGCAGCUCAUGGCGCAACAUGGAGACUCGCUCCUUUAUGCAGCUUCGCCUUAUACGACCGCAGACUACGCCACGUAUCUCCAGUUAGCAGAGUAUCCCCCAGAACACGUGGGUAAGAUGAGUGGCGUGCGACGACUGACGGGGCUCAGAGAUCAGAUGCAUCCGUAUCUCCCAAAAACGGAUCCUUCCGCUUCUCUCCUUCACUAACAACAAACCAACUACCACUAUAGCAGGUGGGUGGGAGGAGCACAAACAGUUGGAACUCUAAUCUAACCCAAUUGUCAAUGCCAAUGUCAAUGCAAAUCAAACCAAACCAACUUGAACUCUGUCAAAAAAAAAUCUCCUCCAAAUCUCUCAAAAAACUGACAACCAAAAAAAAAAUAAUCAGACUACUACUACCGAAUCACACUACUAUUGACCACCUACCACUUCUGCUCUGAUCUGAAAUUGAACUUCAUUCAUCCUCCUCCUCCUCAAAAAAUGUACUACCAUUGACUACUACUCACCUCCUGAAACUGAUCUGAAACUCUAUUUGAUUGAAGCAACAUAUUUAACAUGACAAAGGUGUCGAUUCGAUAUCAACUUAUCAAUAUAAAAGCGAUGCAAUAAUAACAAUGCCUCACAUUCGUGUCGUUCGUAUAUAUCGUUUAUUUAUUAUACUGGUUGGUUGAUUGGUUGGUGGUGCGUACGGAUCGUUUGUAAUCAAUUAAGCUAAAAAAAUACCUUGCUAAACACUAAAUAGAAUGAAUCUCUCUCAUGGGUAAUACGUAUGUAAUUUGUACACACUAAAUACUACACCUGUCUGUAUUUCAUCAGAAAUAUCUAACAAUUUUUCUUGGCUAAUAUCUUCCCGGACUUUGUAAACCCGUAAUUAUUACGUAAUUAAUUAUGCUUUCUUUUUUUUGUUAUGCAUUUGUUUUGUCCUUAAAUAUUUUAAUGCUGUAGUUUUUUGUACUAAAUUUGACACCCUUUUUUACAAAUGUUAGCGUCGAAGCGGAAUCGAUUCGUAUUUAUAAUUAUGCUGGUCAAGUGAGUCACACCCACUCAUCGUACGUACGUAUUUACAUACACGCCCAUCCAACCAAACUUUCACCAGAAAAGUAUAAUAUACAAGGUAGGACAUGAAACUCGCAUUAAUUAUAUGUAACAUUUUUGCGUUCAAAAAUAUUGAAAUUUCUCUACCGUUUGGACUUGAAAUGAGAUUUUUUGAAAGUGCAAAAAUUAAAUUCUUGUAACUCUUAUAUAAAAAUUGGUUAUUUAUGUACACGACAUGCACAAACAUUGCAAUUUACUACUAAUUUUGGUUAGUAUUCCAACACAAACAAAAUGCAAUAUGUAUAACACAAUCGGAACGAAAGGUUGUAUUUUAGUCACUUGAAUGCCAAUCACUUUACUUAAUAUUUUAAAUUCAAUCAGCAUAAUAACAGGAAUGCAAUGCUGCAUGCAGUCCAUCAAAAUGUAAGAGCAGCUAUUACACGGUUGUUUAUUAUUAUGUAUUAAUACCUGUUUUUUGUAGCUGCAUAAAAAAAUAAAGCUGCAAUGCAAUAAUAUAAUUUUAUUAUUUAGAAACUAAUUUGUCUUACUUAAAAAACUUGCUUUAUUGAAAAAAACCUGUAGAAAUGUCAAAGUUUUUAAUAAUUUCCUAGUGCCUAGCGUACUUGUAAUACAUACAUAUUAAAAGUAUUAAAAACUCUUAUAUAUGAAACGGUAGCCUUAUUAAUUAAUUAAUUAAUAAUUAUAAUUAUCAUAAUAUUAUUGACCUAAAUUAAAUAUGUAGACUUUAGUUAUGUAGUUAGUUAAUUCUGUUGUUUGUUAAAAAAAACGUACUUAAAAUUCUUUGGUUAUUUGAUAAGUGUAUUUAGUAUAACAAAGAACAGUUCGGUGAUGCUUGUUGCCAUUUAUUAUAGCACGGAUGACGUUACUCCGUCGCCAAUUUCAGUUGGUUAGAUGGAUCGUCUCUUGCAUAAAACAUUAAUUAAUUAAUUAUUACAUUACAACACCUUCUUAAACAAAUAUGUUAAACCGCCUGAGUAGCCUUAUUACAACUGAAAUGUGUUAUUAUAUGUCUGGAUUUAAAUCACAAAGUCUCCAUCAAAUCAUCAUCUCACUCUUUAAUUGUUGUCGUGUUACUUUGUCGUCAAUGCAGUGCCAGGAAAAGAUUGAAAAAACGCAUAUUAUUAUUAUUAUUACUGUGAAAAUGUCUCUUGGAUGUUAUAUAAUAUAGCCAUGUUCAUCUAGUUUGUGUAUUUUGUGUGUCAUUAUUACUUGGGUAGAAAAGAAAGAGAUGCCUUAUAUUACUUACUUACUUGUUAAUUUACUAACUUAUCAUGAAAUGAAAACUAAAAAACAAACACUUUGUUGUUCUGCGUAAUAAUCAUGUGCCUAUAUAUUGUCGUGAAAAAACUGUCGUACUUUACUUCUGGUCGGUAUACUCGUACUCUUGUUUAAAAACUCUUUAAUAUUUAAUUAGUGGUCUGAUAGGCCAGAAGAACCUCUCGAGAAAUUGAUUCAGGACAGGUCACGGUGCAGGUAAAAACAGCAGCAGAAGCGAUUAAUCAGACAGAGAUAUGUGCUAACAUCAUGAUUGCAAAAUUAGGGGGUGGUUUUGGUGGUGCCUAAAAUUUUCAUGAAAAGCACUUUCACCAAUAAAAUAAAUUAGAUGGAUAGAAGUGCAUGCAAAGCAAAACCAAUAAUUAGCAGGAGAGCAGAGGGGUCUCUCUCUCUCUACUCAAUAAUUAACAACGAGAUCACUAAUUACCACAAAAAGUUAUUUAUCGUCUCGUUACAUAAUUUUAUGUUAAGAUCUUGGGAAAAAUUAUCGAGUCUCUAAUUUGAUUCUCAUACAUACAAAAUCCGUAAAAACGAAACCGUGCCUUUACCUUUUCUAGAGAGAGAGUUUGGUUGUCUAACUAAAUAAUAAGAAGGGAGACGAUGGCUUUAAUAAUACUUAAUUAAUUGACUCGAAUGAAAUAAUGACAGCUAAAUUGCUUCCUUUAAUUGCAAUACGGUGCAGCUAAAAUGUAGGAUAGAUGGAAAUGUUUCAUGAAAUAAUUAGUUAUAGAUUUGGACGUUUUAUUAGCAGCUAUUUAAAUAAGUCCCCACAAGUGCAAUGAAAAAGGCAAAAUCAGCCAGUCAACAAGUAAUAAGUAAAUAAUUCUUUAAAACAGUUUUGACACUCUUACUGCAAUUUAGGACUGAUAGAUAGAUUCGAUUCAAUAAGCAAUAAUAAAAAACGAACCAUUUAUUCAUACCAGACAAGACAAAAACGUUCGUUCGUAUUGAUUAAUAAAUGACUUAUCGAGAUUAUUAUCUUCUUUACCUUAUGGCAACGACAAUGACAUGAUGCAUUACUUAAUUGUAAGUAAUAUUUAAUAAUUAUAAACAUAAAUAUGUACGAAGGGUAAAAGUGUACUUCAACUUAUCCAGACGCAACUACACAUAUACAUAAAUCCAUACAUACUUUUAUCAGAAAUUAGCACAAUAUUUCAUGUAAAGUCAUGUGGUUUUGUUUUUUGGUAAAUUAUUCUUUUCCUUUCUUCAAGAAAUAUAUAAAUGGUCAUGAAAUGAAAUGAAAUAAAAUGGUCUGGUUUUGUUUUGAGUGGAUGAAAAAUGAAUUUCCUCAAAACUACAGCAGUUCAAAAAAUUUUAAUAAAACGGAAGUAUUUCUGUAAUUCAAUUUUUUCAUUGUCAAAUAUUAUUUUGAUUUUAAAGUAUACAACAAGUAUCACCAAUAAAUGAAGUAAAAUUAUGCAAUAUUAUAAUUAUUAUUCGAUUAUUAUUAUUUUGUUAGAGAUUAGUGUAAAAUUUGCAAUCACAAAAAAUAUCAAUAAGUAUUGCAAUACAUGUAACUGGCUUGUAUGGUAGAUGAUAAGAAUAAGUUAAGUGUUGUGUGGGUGGAUCUGUGUGAAAAUACGUGUCAUAUUUGAUGUCAUAUUUGCGAGUUAAUUUAUGUAUGUGAAGAAAGUCGAUCGAUAUCGAUAUAUUGAUACACACGUUGUUGUAAUUUAAACGUAAUUAUUAUAUGUGCCCUAUCGAAGAGGGAAUCUCAUUCUUGACAAUAGCCAUACUAUGAAAUAAACAAAAUGAUUUGAACAAAG